GGGGGGGGGCAGCCAAGAUGGAGGCGGCGAGCCGAGCCGGGGCCGAGAUGAGCCUGGCGGCGCUGCGGCGCCACGACCCCUACAUUACCAGCAUCGCCGACCUCACGGGCCAGGUCGCGCUCUACACCUUCAGCCCCGAGGCCAACCAGUGGGAGAAAACUGACAUAGAAGGGACCUUAUUUGUCUAUAGAAGGUCCGCUUCACCUUUCCACGGUUUCACGAUUGUGAAUCGGCUGAAUAUGACGAACCUCGUGGAACCAGUGAACAAAGACUUGGAAUUCCAGCUCCAUGAGCCGUUUCUUCUCUACAGAAAUGCCAGCCUGUCAAUUUACAGCAUCUGGUUUUAUGACAAGGAUGACUGUCACCGCAUAGCCAAACUCAUGGCUAAAGUGGUGGAACAGGAAACCCAGAGAAGCCAGCGAGCGGCCAGUGACAGGCCGAGCCCCAGCCGAGCCAACGGGCACUGUGACAAGAGACCCAUCGACAUCCUGGAGAUGCUGAGCAAAGCCAAGGACGAGUAUGAGCGAAAUCAAAUCACGGACUCAACUAUCUCAAGCCCUGGGUUACAACCAAGCACUCGCCUCACAAACCCUGGCAGUGCUGAGGAAACUUCGGAAGAAAUGUCCCCGGGAUUACAAACACAAGAGAAGCCUGCCCCAUCGGGACACAAGCACCUCACAGUGGAAGAAUUAUUUGGAACCUCACUGCCAAAGGAACAGCCAACAAUCAUUUAUCCCAGUUCAGAAGGAGUUGAGAAGUUGCCAGCUGACACCUCCCCCAAAGAGCAUGACUUGUUCUCGCCAUUUUCUUUUGAGUCAUCAAGAGGAACACAUCAGCCAGAGAAUCCCAUCGUCCAGUCCAGUAGCCCCAACAUGGGGCAGCAGGAGGCCCCUGCCCCCAUUGCCCCACCUGACAGGAAGAGCUCUGUAAGCUGCACAGUGCCCAUGAGCCCCUCGGUGAAGGCAGCUCCGGCUGCUGAGGUCGCUGGGUCCCCGGCCCUGAAAAAGGCCGCCCAGCAGCGGUCUCCUCUUCUCGCCCAGCCAGCUCCUGAGCUGAGGCACAAGGCCCGGAAUCUGAUCACCACGCAGAGCCAGUUUGUGGCCCCACUGAGUGGGACGAGCCCCGGAAGCACUUCAAGUGCCAGUCUUCUCCACAAGCUCCAGCUGACACCACAACCAUCGUCGCUCACCAAGAACCCCAUCGCACCUCACUUUGCCUCAUCGGCAAGCCAGCUGGCGACCCCCGAGAGCUUCAAAGAACCUCAUGCCAGGAGAAGAGGAACCACAGCCACGCUUGGCAUUCCUGGGAGGCCUUCCCUGAAGGUUUCCUCUCCCAAAUUCAUCACGUCAACAACAUCAGCAUCUUCAUCCAUCCUUUUGUCACCCAGUGUUUUCCAGCAGUCAGCGACAAAACCCACAGAGCUGGAGAAGAAGGCCAGCUCCCCUUCUCGCUCAAGUGGUGCCUCAGAAAAUCCCACAAAACCUCCUUUGGUUCUCAGCAGGUCCCAGCUCCAGGACACAUUAAUCCAUCUAAUAAAGAAUGAUGCCAGCUUUCUCAGCACCCUCCAUGAAGUCUAUUUGCAAGUCUUGACCAAGAACAUAAACAACCUGCAGCUCUAGUGACUCGAGAUGAAGCCAGCGGGCACCUUGUGGGAGUGAAUGGGUGGCUGUCUGCCUAGAAACAAAUAGUCAUUAAUGAGCUGCCGUGAGAGGGUUCCUUUUUAAAGAAACAGUGCUGAGUCUGGAAAGUCCUGAAAUUGAGCCUAGGAGAGAAAAGAGCGAUCCUUGUUCUUAAAGAAUGUAUGUAAGGUAAUAGUCUCAGAAAUGAUGGAGAUUUCACUGUGAAGCAUCACCAGCAACCCUUUAUUUCAUUGGGAAAAACAGACCAUUUAUGGGAAAUUGCAUGGGCCUUUUCAUCAGCAUCAAACACAUAUGGAACACGGGGGGGGGGGGGGGGGGGGGCGAUGGGGGACGCGUGGCCUCCCCCAGCUUGGAAGAUGCACAGGGCAGGGCUGGGCCUGGCCUCGCUCUGGAGUAGAACAGCUCCAUCCUCUUCUCCCUCCCUUGGAAGUGAAGUGCUCCUCAUCCCAGUGACCUCAUGCAGUCUUCUACCUUGCAAAGAUCAUUUGCUUCCAAAAGGGAGCCACCUUUAGCCCCCUUGUCCUGAGAUUUGACCUCCUAGGGAAGUUCUGAUCAGAUGGAAAUGCUGUAAUGCAGAAUAGUUUCCAGUUUUUAGGUCCCACCUAAGGUGAAGAUGAAUGCCUCUUGUUCAGCUGCAAGGCUAUUUGAUGUGAGUGGUGUCCUUGGGCCUUAAGGUCCUGAAAUUUCGUGGUAAGGACUUAUUUUUUCAUUGUUUUCUUCAUACUGACCAGGCCAUGGUGAGUCUGGCCGCUGGUGUGAGAAUCACCUUUUCUUUUGCAUAUUUCACUUAGUUCCACUUUUACUUAAUUGGCCAAUUGGCAAAGCCAAAAUUCUGUUAGGCUUAAAGAAGAUUUUUUUUAACUGCCAGGUGGUUUUAAAGGAGAUAUCAAGUUUCUUUUUAUACAUGAAAACUACUACUAAAUGUAACCUCAUUGUCCUUUUCUAUCUAAGCAUGAGUUCAAAACAAUUUAGAUCCCUCUUCUUAACUGUAGGGAAAACCCAAGCAUUGGACCAAUGCAGCAUGACCCCUGGGGUCUAACUGUCCCCCACCCGUUUGACCAAUAGGAAUAAAGCUAUUCAGGAAAGAGAACAGGGACAUGCCCGUCACUUCAUCUCCAAGUGAAAGGAAUGCAUGAAGUUCCAGCUUGGACUGGGCGCCCCCGUGGCUGCCCCUCCAGCCCACGUGUGAAGGCACCUUGGACACUGCUGUUCCUCCUUCCUGUGGUUUGUGUCUGUCCCCAUGGGGCACCUGAUAUUUUCCUGUAGAAUCCCACUCAUUUCAGCAAUAGUCAUUUGACAGUAGCCUUUGGAACCAGUGUCCUGGUUUACAGGAGGACAGGUCCAUCUGUCCUAGGUCGCCCAGGAGGCUGCGCCACUCGCUCUUCCGGGCACUGUCCCGAUUUGUCCAGGCUGAGAAGGCGCCCGCAGCUCUAGCCGCUCCUGAGGACACGCUGCCAAGAACUGAGGCCCACAGACUCGGGACUGUUUCUCGGCUCAAUCUGUUGAGCUUUCAAGGCAGCUAAGACGUAGGUUUUUCUAGCAGAGUUUUCAGUAGGUGUCACAUAUUAAGUCUAUUAAAUAACUUUAGCUCGGCCUUCAUUUCUCUGCAUGAAAGGAUGUGGUUUCAUUGGCUUUGCUUUAUUUAAUGAGCUUCCAGCUUUGCCUGUCCUGGCUCCUGAGUCUUGCUGAUGAUCCUGGUUUGAAUCCAGGGAGGGAGGCAAGGGAGAGUAGGCACUCUGAAAGUACUUUGGCUUCUAAGACCUCGUACACGUUUGACAACCAAAAAUAAAUUAUUUGGGUCAGCCAGGAAAGAGAGAACAAGAGAAUCCUAAGUAGCCAGGAGCAAGUCUCAGGAUCCCUGUGUCUGGUGCAGCAAAAUGGGGGGGCUUUGGUAACUUGGGGGCUGAGGGGCUGAUCAUAGUGCAGCCUAUGCUAUGCUAUCAGACCAGUCAGCCCCUGCUAGCAACUUGUUGUAACAGAAGCCUAAAUUGAGAUGAUAUUUGGAGCCCACUGGAAAGGUAGAGAGAAAUCUUCUCUGGAGAGAACUUCUUUGACACUUUCUGUCAUUUGUUCCAUAGGCUUAUAUCCUUUAAAUAGCUAAUCUAAGGAAACCAGGUUUCCUUUGUGUGGAACUUAAAAAUUUUAAGUGCCCAAUUCAUGGAGAUUUUUAAAAGAUUAUAGUUUUAACCUCUAUAAUUACAUAUGAGAAUUCUUUAUAAUGCAUAAGCCAGGUCUACACUGCCAUACUUCUUGAGGUAAUUCAGGCAGGAGUAUCUGGAUAGGGCAGGCCAACCUCUCUGGGUAGUUACUGUUGGUCAGCCCUGCUUGACAGCUGUAGCUCAAUCGCCUUAUUACUUCCUCCAACCCGAACUAUCCAGAACCUCGUGCCAGCUUGGAUCGCUUGUUUACAUUUUUGGCAGUGUCUGGGAUAGAUCCUCACAGGUUUAAAACGGCCAAUUGAACUGAAUGCCCAGAAGAAGGGAGCCUCACUCAGCAGUGUGGUCCUGGUGGAGCAGCUGCUGAGCUAGGAUCCAAGGUGUGUCCUGCUAGUCUGGCCUUCUUGAAUGGAAUCACCUCCCCAAAUUGAUUGCUUCCCUUUCCAAAUAGCCUCAGAGGGAGCAGCUAGGUGGCACAGUGGAUAAAGUACUGGCCCUGGAUUCAGGAGGACCUGAGUUCAAAUGUGGCCCCAGACACUUGACAUUUACUAGCUGUAUGACCCUGGACAAGUCAC